UUCUAUUUUUAGGCCGAGCGCGGCUGGCGACGUGGAGGUGUCGCGAGGAGCAGGGAGGCGGAGGGGAUUCUCUCGCCGCAGGGAUGCGGGGGCAGGCGAUGAGCGCAGCACGCUGCCUUUCUUCCUCCCAGCUGCCUUUUUCUCCUGCUGCCUCCCCCGGCUCCCUCCUGCUGCUCUCUUGUUCCCUCCCCACUCCCCCAGCUUGCCUUUGGGUGCCGCUGGCAGGGAGGCAGCCAAAUGCCUUUUGAAACGCAGGCAGGAGCCUAGAUGCUCACAGCAUGGAAAGGAGAAAAAAAAAAAACACAUCUUUGCACAAAGAAAUGCCCUUGUUUAGGCAUUUUUUGUUUUCUGAGAGCUCAGCAAGCUCACGCUGCUGCUCCCUGCGUGCCCAGAGGCGUGCGCGCAGGCUGAGCUCUGCAUCAGGUCCCGGCCACCCGGUCUCUGUCCUUUGCUGUCUGUCCGUCCUGUCCUCCUCAUCAAACGAGCGCUGUUUGAAGCCCAGGGCUGGCUGCUGGAAGGACAACAUCAGCCGGGGAUGGUGCAGGGGGGCUCAGGGCUCUGCUUUGCCCCUGCUGCCCAUUGGGACCGGAGCUGCGGUGCUGCAGCAGGAUGGUCCGGGGCAGCCCUGGGGUUGGAUGUGCCUGGUUAGAGGACACGUGGGGGGAGUGAGACCAGCACGUUAAAGCCUGUGUUCCCUGUUCCUGUAAAGGAAAGCUCAGUCUUUGUCCAAAAAGAGGCUUGAAAUAUAAAAAAUUGAGAGAAUUGAACCCCAAAUCUGCCGGGUUCUGUGCUGGGGCUGUGCAGCUCCGUGCUAUGAUUGCCUUUGCCCUCUGCCUUGUCCUCCUGAAUUGUUUUUGGGCAGCUCUUUGGGCUUCAAUUUUGAGGGCAGGUGCACCACAAACCUCCUGGCGUCUUCUGGAAGCAGGAAGAGAACCAGCACAGCUCAGAGGGCUGUGGUCCAUAACGCCCCUCUCACCUUUGGGAUCACGGCAUUCCCUGCUUGUGGUUUGCUCGGUCUGCCCCGGGUUGUCGUGGUCGCUGUCUCGAGGGGUUUAUUUAAAAUGUGUUCGCUCCAUGCCUGGUGGGACUUGUGAGACCAGUGCUGGGGAUGUGAUGGAGACGCACACGGCCAGGCUGAUUUGGAGGUGGUGCAGCUGUACGGAAAACCAGCGGGAUCACGUACAUAAAGCAGUGCCCUUCCGAAGGCGGGGAGGAGGAUAUUGAUCCAGAGACGAGCACAGCAGGGAGGCAGUGGGUGCCAGCACUGCCACAGCGCAGCGAAAAGCCUCGGCAUCACCUUGCACGACUCCUGUCCCUCCAGGGACCGUCCCCUCCCUGUUCCUUAGGAGCAGGGUGCUGCUUCCCUGGCAGGAGCUGCUCUUGCUCGGGGUUUUGGAGGAGGGACCCAUGGGAACCAUCGGGGUCUGGAGCUGUUCUGGGUAAUGCUUUAUUUCUCCUCGUCUCAGGGACGCUGAGAAGGGAGAUCCCAGCGCCCACCCGCAGCCAUGGAAGGCGGCGUGCAGCUCCUCAACCGCGACGGCCACAGCAUCUCGCACAACUCCAAGCGGCACUACCACGACGCCUUCGUCUGCAUGAACCGCAUGCGGCAGCGCGGGCUGCUCUGCGACAUCGUGCUCCACGUGGGCACCAAGGAGAUCAAGGCCCACAAGGUGGUGCUGGCGUCCUGCAGCCCCUACUUCCACGCCAUGUUCACGAAUGAGAUGAGCGAGAGCCGCCAGACCCACGUCACGCUGCACGACAUCGACCCGCAGGCCCUGGAGCAGCUGGUGCAGUACGCGUACACGGCCGAGAUCGUGGUGGGCGAGGGCAACGUGCAGACACUUCUUCCCGCUGCCAGCCUGCUUCAGCUGAAUGGUGUGCGGGAUGCUUGCUGCAAGUUCCUCCUGAGCCAGCUCGACCCAUCCAACUGCCUGGGGAUCCGGGGCUUUGCCGACACGCACUCCUGCAGCGACCUCCUCAAGUCUGCCCACAAGUACGUCCUCCAGCACUUCGUGGAGGUGGCCAAGACAGAGGAGUUCAUGUUGCUGCCCCUCAAACAGGUGCUGGACCUCAUUUCCAGCGACAGCCUCAACGUGCCGUCGGAGGAGGAGGUGUACCGGGCCGUGCUCAGCUGGGUCAAGCACGAUGUGGACAGCAGAAGGCAGCAUGUCCCCAGGCUGAUGAAGUGCGUGCGGCUGCCCCUGCUGAGCCGGGAUUUCCUGAUGAGCAACGUGGACACGGAGCUGCUGGUGCGGCACCACUCGGAGUGCAAGGACCUGCUGAUCGAAGCCCUCAAGUACCACCUCAUGCCCGAGCAGCGAGGGGUCCUCAGCAACAGCAGGACAAGGCCGCGGCGCUGCGAGGGGGCCAGCACCGUGCUGUUCGCCGUGGGUGGGGGCAGCCUGUUCGCCAUCCACGGGGACUGCGAGGCCUACGACACGCGGACGGACCGCUGGCACAUGGUGGCCUCCAUGUCGACGCGCAGGGCCCGGGUCGGCGUGGCCGCCAUCGGGAACAAGCUGUACGCCGUGGGGGGCUACGACGGGACCUCGGAUCUGGCCACGGUGGAGUCUUACGACCCUGUCACCAACUCCUGGCAGCCCGAGGUGUCCAUGGGCACCCGGAGGAGCUGCCUGGGCGUAGCGGCGCUCCACGGGCUGCUCUAUGCUGCCGGGGGGUACGAUGGCGCCUCGUGCCUCAACAGCGCCACAGCUUGUCGUGUUCCUGUGUCCCUGCCCUGCUGCAGCGCGGAGCGCUACGACCCUCUGACCGGCACCUGGACAUCCAUCGCUGCCAUGAGCACCAGGAGACGCUACGUGCGGGUGGCCACGCUAGAAGGCAACCUCUAUGCUGUUGGGGGAUACGACAGCUCGUCCCACCUGGCCACAGUAGAAAAGUAUGAGCCCCAGAUCAACACCUGGACGCCCAUCGCCAACAUGCUGAGCCGCCGGAGCAGCGCGGGGGUGGCCGUGCUGGAGGGGAUGCUCUACGUGGCCGGUGGCAACGACGGGACCAGCUGCCUUAACUCCGUGGAGCGCUACAACCCCAAAACCAACACCUGGGAGAGCGUGGCGCCCAUGAACAUCCGCAGGAGCACCCACGACCUGGUGGCCAUGGAUGGCUGGCUGUACGCUGUGGGUGGCAACGACGGGAGCUCCAGCCUGAACUCCAUCGAGAAGUACAACCCGCGCACCAACAAGUGGGUGGCAGCCUCCUGCAUGUUCACCCGCCGCAGCAGCGUGGGGGUGGCGGUGCUGGAACUGCUCAACUUCCCACCCCCUUCCUCGCCCACCCUCUCGGUGUCCUCGACGAGCCUUUGACAAAGGAGCAGGACCUGCCCUACCUCAAGGGGACAGGGGCGCCUGGCGGAGCACCCGGCCGCCGUGGCCCGCCCCGCGGGGCAGCCGGUCAUUGUAGGAGGAGAGCGAAGGCGCCGGGUGCCACCCCCAGCCCCAACACCCCCAGGGACCCCGGAGCCAUCCCCGCUUUCGUUGCACGCGUGGGACCCUCGCGGCGCUCAGAAACGUGCUUCCCGGGGGAGCACCCUCCUUCCAGGGGGCGAGGAGAGGGGGUGCCCUCCGCCCCGUCCACGGACUCAUCUCAGCGCCCUCCUGAAGGGUGUGGAUUUUCCUUUGGGGAGGGGAAUCCCCAAACCAUUGCUGCUUUUGGGAUUCGGACCAUCCAGCUGGUGCCACCCAGGCGAGCACAGCCAGCCGUGGAGGCUCCCCGGAGUCCCGCGGGGUGGCAGAGGUGGACGGCGCUCCUCCCGGGGCCACGGCUGAGUGUGCAAGCGCUCCUCUGAAUGUCACUGUAGCCAAACUCUUUACCAAGCCUAUCGUGCACUGUUAAAGACUCUGAGGCCACCGCAUGGUUCUCAAUGGUGUCUGACUGAUGCCUUAAAAUAAACGACUGAAGCCCAGCGAAGGGACGGGGGCCUGGAGGAGGCGAAGUUUGGAGGCAAAGCUGGAUGCAGCAUCCAGACCCCUCGGUGUUUCCAGGCUCGGCUGGCCCAACCUCAUUCCCAAGGAUCCCAACUGCCCGUCCUUUUGGGGCGGCCCCAGACGGGUGGAUUGGCCUUGUUCGCAUCGUGCCCAGGUCGAUGUCCCGGGUUCAAGUGGCCGUGUGGCUGCCUGCUCCCUGCACGUGCCCCUGGUGGGAACAGAUCAUCCUGGCUGCUGCUCCCCUCUCUGCAAAGCAGGUUCUGGGUUCGUGGGAGGGGGCUCGGUUCCUGAAGGAGAAGGGUCCAGCCUUCUGAACAGGGAGGGUUGCCUGGUGUUACUUUUUUUUUUUUUGGUGUUCAUUUUUCACCUUUUUUUUUUAAUUUGAGUGCCAGUAUUUUCAUUUUAAUUACUUCGUAUCCCUUUAUUUUUUUCCGCCCUGCCGGUAUUCCCCAUCCCAUCUGCUUUCAAGGCAGCAGAAGGGAUGCAAUUACUUUUCUUAAUGGUUGAUGAGAUGAUGACUGUGUCCUGGAAGACGUUCUCUAAAGACGUGUGGGUGUGUGUGCGUGUGUGAGAGACCAUAUGUACAGCGCAAACAGCAUGGAAGGGACCAUGUGCAAUUAGCAGCUCCCCGGCAAUUAAGCAGCCACUUUACCUAAAGGUUGAAUAAAUUAGCACUGUAAAUCACAAGCCUGUCCUCCCAGACCCGCCUGUGCCGUGGGACCUCCUGGGUGGUUGCUUAGGAUGUGAUUUCGGUGCCUGUGCUGCAGGGCGUGCGCGUUAUAGGGGCACGACAACCCCUGGUACCUCAGCGGUGUCCGUGUGGGGCAUCAGAACAUGCUCUGAGCAUUUGUUUGUUUUUGACUUAAUGCCUUUAGCCGUGUGCCUCCGCUCCUCCUUGCUCCCCAUGCACAAAAUUCACGUUUUACUUGUGUUUGGCCCAAAUUUUCAAGGGGCGCGGGAUGUCCUGCUUUCUCUUCUCCUUGGGGUGGGAAGAGAGCUCGGGCCUCCCCAACUUCAGGCGAUUUGCCCCGCGAUCUGAUUUCUCCCGGACAGGUGCCUGCAUGUUUUACAAGCCCAUUUUCAGUGCCUAAAGUUGGACACCUGAAAUUACCAGCUGCUCCUGAAAACCUAGACUGCUUCCCCGCCCCCCCCGGCCUUUCCCCCAGGACAGUCUGGGCUUCUCGGGCUGAGGAGGGCAUUUUGUUUCCCAGAACUGACUUGAAAUCUGCCUUUUGUUCCCCUGCCACUUCCCCAGGCUCUGCUGGAGCCGGCCCCAGCUCAGCAGCUCUCCCCAUCCUGCAGAUUUACACCCUGCAAGUGGCCAGGAGGCUCUCGCAGGUUGCCUCUUGGUCAGCGCGGCACUGGGGCUGCCAAAAGUGGAGGCACUCGCCUGCCGUGUGUGCAGUAAGGAUGAAUUUGUGAAAUCCACGUUGCUGUGUGUGUGAGUGUGUGCGUGAGAGAGGUCUCGAUCCUUUUCUUCCCGUUCCUGUCAGCAACAUCAGGAUUUUAGUCUUUUGCGCAUCCAAGGUGCCCUGGGCUUUAGGGUCCCCUGUACAGGAGGAUCUGCUCGCAGAAAGGGGCUGGUGCUGGGACGCUGAGGCCAGUGGAAGGAACGGGAGAAGGGGAGCUGCAAUCCUUAGCAAUUUACUCUAGAAAAGGGGUGCAACGCUGCCCUGCCUCCUGAGGGUCAGGGGAAGGGGCAGUGGGACUCCUGCCACCCUCCGGCUGGGUCCUGAGCAAUAUCCCGGGGAGGAGGGAGCCCGUCGUGUCUGACAUCCUAACUAUGCAGGUGCUCACGGCUUUUCCCAAAUGGGAAACGGAGGAAGGAAAGGGCGAAAUCGUUCCCCAGAGCACCCCAACCCCACACUGUGUGGACACGAGGUGUCAGCAUCUGCCCCGGGGCGAUCCCGGGGCUGGAACUGGUGCUGCACGCCCCUCGCCUCGGCGGGGCUGUGCGUCUGUCUGUGUGUCCGUCUGUGCGUUGUACCCUGUCCGAGCGGGGAGGAGAACCUGUCCCGACCCUCUGCCAGUGUUAGUUCAGUGGUGUCUCGCCCCAAAUAUCCCUCGUGCCCUUUCCCACGUGAGUUUCCCCCCGGCUGAGGGGCGGCUGCGGGCUGGGUGCGGCGAUGUGCUUCGCCCACCGACCCCGCCGAGGGUUGCAGGGGGAUGGCCAGGGUGGGCAGAGCCCCGACCCCACACGGGGCAGGGGUUUGCUUGGCCAUCCCGGUGGGCAGCCCCCGUCUAGCCAUGUCAACCCGUCGUCACUUUGAUUUCUCUGUAAGUUAUCCGACUUAUUUAUGUGGAACUCUGUUUCUUGGAAUUUUUUGCACUACGGGGGACCGGGGAGGGGAUCCAAGCAAUACGAGCCAACGUGGACAAUAAAGAUGUUUUCUUGAAUACAGGA